UCUGAAAGAAGCCAUUCACAACUCAUCAGCAGUGGAUAAAAGAGAGGGUCGAGAAAUAAUUAGGUGUCAUUUCACAGCACUUCUCAUGGUUAAGGGUUGUUUUAAACUGAGAAUAUUUGAAUCAAACCAAGUUUUAUAGUACUUUUGGUUACUUGACUAGCUAUCAAAAUACAGGGGAGGACAUCAACUAUUGGAUUGGCAUCUUUGAGUAAGUGAGUGUAGAGGCAGUGUGUAUGUUGUGAGAGAAAGACAGCUGAAGAAUUCGGGAGAAUUAAUACAACAAACUGUAGAGAAAACGGAUGAUACAGCGCAGGAGUGCUUCGUCUUCACAUACUGCCUUAUAACAACCAGGCAGUGAGUUCGCAGACCAGGAUUCUCGGUCAAAAAACGACUCUGUUUUCGCCUCACAGCGAUGAAUGACAAAAUGGCGGAGCUAGUUACCAAGUUUACGAGAACUCUGUGGCCUUGUUUUGCCGCUUUGCUUUUAUACCUUAUCACAGAUACCUCUGCCUUGUACUGCCAGCCAGUUAAGAAUGUUUACAGUUCUAGAGGAGCCAACUUUGAUAGAAAGGAUAUUCCCUUGGCACCAUUAUCAGGAGAGCACCUGCAGGUGUGUCACCAUGGCGACAGCGGGUUGACGUGUUGUACGCGUGAGGUGGAGACCAAGUUGUAUAACCACAGUAGAGACGAUUACGACAGUCUGCUGGCAGAUUCCACCACUUCUAUUAGACAUAUAUUUAUUACCAAAACUGCUAAGUUUGAUGAGUUUUUCACAGAGCUAUUAGAAAAUGGCAGGAAGGAUUUCCACUCCAUGUUCGUCAGGACAUACGGCCAGUUAUAUCAACAGAACGCACACAUAUUUAAUGACUUGUUCACUGACCUACGCAGUUACUACAGAGGGAGAAAUAUCAAUCUUUUAGACGCCCUGGAGAACUUUUUCGCAACCUUAUUCCAACGAAUGUUCCAGUUGCUGAAUGCACAGUACGAGUUGGACCAGUCGUACUUGGGGUGCGUCGCAAAUACGAUGGAUAAGCUGAAUCCAUUUGGAGAUGUACCACAGAAAUUUUCACAGCAGCUGAAGAGGUCGUUUGUUGCUGCGCGCACGUUCAUGCAGGGACUUGCGAUUGGAAGAGAUGUCAUUUUACAAGUUGGAAAGAUCCAGCCCUACCACAACUGUAGGAAGUCACUGAUGAAAAUGAUGUACUGCUCCUACUGCAGUGGAUUGCCCACCAUUAAGCCUUGCAAUAAUUACUGUCUCAAUGUUAUGAAGGGUUGCCUUGCCUACCAGGCUGAGCUGAACUCUGAAUGGAACAAAUAUAUCAGUAAGUUAUCACAUCGUAGGGAUGAGUACUUAAUUGGUAAUAUUAUUCUUUUUCUACCAGAAAUUCUGUUUAGGAUUAUGUGAUAGCCUUGAAUACUUGCAAAUGAAAGUUGUCAGGGUGUUAAGAUACAUUAAAGUAUCUGUGUGUCUGUGUGUAUGACUAGCCAUUUGUGUCCUGUAUGUUGAUAUAUCCCUAGCUCUGUAUAUGGC